AUGGCAGUGAAUGAGCAAGCAGAUGGCACAUGUCCUCUUUUGAGUGUUCAGGAUCACAGAUUUUCCGACGUUUUGGAUCGGCCAUUACAGAUUACAGGAUUUGAUUUGACAGAAACGUUUCUUCAGAGAAAGGGCACACUGUGGGAAAACCUGCCGACAUUUCGUUUGGGAAGCAGUCCGUUGAUUAAAACAACAAAGUCUGUGUUUCCAAAUGGGCUUUCAAGUGAAUACUCGUUGGUCACCACCUUCCGAGUGCGAAGAACAACAAAAAAAGACCGCUGGUAUCUUUGGCAGAUUUUUAACCAAUCAGGAAUCUCUCAGGUUUCUGUUGUGGUUGAUGGCUCCAAGAAGGUUGUGGAGUUUUCUUACCAAAGCGCUCUCAAGAACACACUCCGCUACACAUUCAAAAGCAGAGAUCUGCAGAACCUGUUCGAUCGGCAGUGGCACAAGCUGGGCAUCUCCGUGCAGAGCAACAUCGUGUCUAUGUACAUGGACUGUGAGCUGGUGGAAAGGAAACUGACCGAUGAAAAGGAGAGCGUCGAAUCCAGUGGAAGAACCCUCAUUACCACAAGAGUAGAGGAUGGUCGACCUGUAGAUAUUGAAUUGAAGCAACUCAUGAUCUACUGUGACCCAUAUAUGGCUGAAAUGGAAAACUGUUGUGAACUGAUUGAACCAAAGUGUGAAGUCUGGGAGACACUUAAUGGGACUUCCCCUCCCCUGGUUACUGCGCAGCUCCCCCAGAUGCUGUCUCAGCCGCCAUCGCAGCCCAUUGACAGAUGCCACUGUCCUGGUGAAAAGGGGGAAGUUGGAGCAGAAGGGCAAAAGGGGAUCGAUGCGGAGAAGGCUGACAAAGGAUGUGUCCAAUGCGAUCAGGGAACACGACAAGAUGGGGAGAAGGGAGACAAGGGGACGAGUGGGGGCUCGGGUCAUGCAAGAAGAGAGGGCAAAAGGGGACGAAGAGGAAAGGCUGGGGAGCAGGGCCCUCGAGGCAUGCCUGGGGAAAAGGGUGACUCCGGCGUCCCAGGAGAGAAGGGAGACAGAGGAGAUGCGGGUCAGACAGGUGCAGAUGGAGCUACUGGGAUGAAAGGACAAAAAGGAGAUGUGGGUCCAGCUGGUCCUCCUGGUCCGGUGAUGACAGCACAUGGAUUGAGAUUGGUCUCUGAGACGGAAAACAUGAAGGAGCCAACCCUGAAAGGACAAAAGGGUGAACAGGGAGAAACUGGAGCUCAAGGACCUUCAGGCUUCAAGGGAACUCCAGGACUCCCAGGGAUGAAAGGAGAUCCAGGACCAGAGGGGAGACAAGGCCUGCUUGGCCCUGCUGGACUGCCCGGACUCCCCGGCGAGGCUGGCUCGCCAGGGGAGGCCGGGGCGUCGGGGAGAGACGGACUGAAAGGAGAAAAGGGAGACUGUAGUGAAAUAGUGGGACCACCGGGACCAAAAGGGGAGCCUGGCGAACCUGGAGGUGGUUAUAUGGCUGAUGGCUUGCCCUUGACUAGAGGAUCUCGUGGUCCUAAGGGCGAGAGAGGGGUCCCAGGACUGCCAGGAGACCAUGGAGAGAAAGGCGACCCUGGACAGGGACUUCAAGGCUCACCGGGCCCUGUGGGACCCCCAGGAAAGCCAGGAAUACAGGGCUCCCGUGGUCCACCUGGUCCAUCUGGCCCACCUGGUGCUCCAGGACGAGAGGGCUCCCCUGGUAGAUCAGGCCCACCAGGCCCCGCCGGACCCCCGGGUGAACCAAUCGCUUUGCCUAUUCUUGGUGACAUGGCUGCUCUACUAAAGAACGCAUGCAGUGCUUGUGCCAAGAUCCCAGGGCUGCCCGGGCUGAAGGGAGAGAAAGGCUCCAGAGGAGAACCGGGAGUGGAAGGCAUGGUGGGAGAGAAGGGUGAUCCUGGUGUCAGGGGUCCCAUGGGUAAUCCUGGGAAGGAAGGCCCAAAGGGUGUGAAAGGUGAAAGAGGGUUUCCCGGCCCCAUUGGAGAUAAAGGUGAUGAGGGCCCAGCUGGAGUCCCAGGCCUCCCUGGAGCAGCCGGUCGGACUGGAGCCCCGGGGAUUAUGGGUAGACUGGGUCCGAUCGGACCACAAGGAGGAAAAGGAGAAAAGGGAAGCGAGGGUUCUCCAGGAAAGCCAGGGCUCCCCGGUCCUCCGGGCAAUGGGAUGGGCAGUAUCUACAAGCUACAGAGCAGUGGAGCUAUUUUAGGACCCCCUGGAGCUCCUGGUGCACCGGGUCCCAAAGGGGAUGACGGGAUUGUGGGUGAGCCAGGGCCCAUGGGAUUACCAGGGCUUGACGGGCUUCCUGGUGCCAAGGGAGACACUGGUUUACCUGGACCACAUGGAAUAUCUGGUUCUACUGGGAAACCCGGUGCGCGUGGAGAGCCUGGGAUCCCAGGAGAGCCGGGCGAGCGGGGCCCCAUUGGAGAGACUGGAUUCCCUGGGCCUGAAGGACCCCAAGGUCCUCCUGGACGUGCUGGAAGAGAUGGGACUCCUGGAUACAAGGGAGAAACGGGACGCCCUGGAGACAGAGGCACCAAAGGUGAACGAGGGGACCCAGGCAUUCCCGGAGAGCGAGGUGUCCAGGGAGAGCGCGGCCGCACUGGUGAUUCUGGUCCAUCUGGACCCGUGGGACCAACAGGCCAAAAGGGAGACCAAGGUGCUCCAGGACAGUUGGCCAGCUCACACGUCUUGGGGGAUCCUGGAUUUUUGGAGGAACUGAAAACAAUCAUUCGAAAUGAAGUUUUAAGGGUUGUGGAAGAAAAGGGCAACCGGGCAGAGACGGGUCACCAGGCCUCCCGGGACAGCCUGGAGAACCUGGUCAGCAAGGAUACAGAGGCCAGAAAGGAGAACGAGGUCAGAUGGGUAUGGCGCUCCCAGGAGAUCCGGGACCUAUGGGACCACCAGGACCCCCUGGCAUCCCCUCUCAUGGCCCCCCGGGACCCCCAGGGCCCCGUGGAGCUCCUGGAACGUGUGACCCCAGUGACUGCCUGCUUCCAUCCCUAUGAGCCCUCUUCAUCUUGA